AUGGGCUUUGAAAGCCGACGUCUGGCUAGUAAGACCAAGAAACCACCUCCACCGAUCCUCUCUCAUGAGUUUAUCAUAACAAAUCAUGGAGAUAUUGCUAGUGUUAUAUUAAUGUUGGUGGUGAUUGGCUUCAUGUUCCAUUGGUCGCUGCCUUUUGCUCAGUUCAUGGUCAUUCCUCAGCAUAAUGAGUCUGUACAAUUUACUGGAGAUACUGGUAAGAGCUUUAUUUGUUUUGUUAUGAUUUUAGGUUUGGUUAGGCAAAAGAAUGGAAUGAGGAUACCUUCUCUUCAAGGAUAAAAUGCCAAUUUUAAAGUUCACAAUGUACUUAAAAUUUUUUUGUUUUAGCUUUAAAAGCUUCAAAAUUUAAUAGUUUUGCUAAAAAUAUUAAAAAUUAUGAAGUGUAGGAGAUGUUUCAUGGAGUUAUGAUCAAUUUUCUAUAUUACACUACAAUGCAAUCGCUAUUUUCAGAGCCCAAGAUGUAUUAUCGGUCUGGAUCAAAGGAUAUUGGAUGUAUUGUGUUCUACACAGUCGUUUGGAUCACCUUCCACUGUAUUAUUCAAGAAUACAUUGUUGACAAGAUCCAACGUCGCCUACACAUGAGCCGUGUUCGACUAGCCAGAUUUGCCGAGUCGUGUCAUUUAGGCCCAAUUGCUGCUCUAUCAUGUGGAUUUGCUGUAUACAACCUUUACGAACUUGGUGUACACAAAGAUUUCUCUCUUUUGUGGCAAGGAUAUCCAGAACAACAUCGUUAUCUUACACUGAACUUCAAAUUAUUCUUCUUGCUACAGGUGGGUCAUGUAUAAUAUUAGUUUUUAAAAGUUUUUGGAAGUUUUUUGGUUGAUAUAGCUUUUAUUAUUAAGUUGGUAAUUAAAACCGAUGUUUAUUUUAUUGUCUUUGAUAAGUAUUCUUUUAGAUUUCCUACUGGAUUCAUCAAUUCCCUGAAUUUUACUUCCAAAAGCUGAAGAAGGAAGAGAUGAAGGAAAGAACUGGCUAUUCACUUCUCUUCUUGGUCUUUGUCACUGCCGCUUACUUUGCUAAGUAAGUUUAGACAUUUUAAAAGAAUUUUGGAUAAUUUAUUUUAUAGUUGGUAUUGGGUACGAUAUUAUUUUUAAAUUCAUUUUUUUAUCAAAAUUUUGAAUUUUAUGUUAAAUCAAGCUUAAAAGUUUGUUUUGCUGGUUACUAAAGAUAAAAGAAAAUGAAAUAUGACUUGGAUAUUGAUUUACAUACUAUAACUUACCUUAUUUUAGCUUUAUCCGUCUAGCAUCAGUUUUACUGGCCUUGGAAUAUGCUUCUUUAUCACUUCUUCACCUCAGCCGGCUGGUCUACUUCUCAGGAAAAGCUACAAACACUGGACGUAUCUUCAGAUUGUGGAAUUUGUUAUUCCCAGUUGUAAGGUUGUCGAGCAUGGUCAUCUCGGUGUUGGUAUUGUGGUAUGGUUUAAGGUCGCACGAAACCCCGUACAUCAACUUUGAGACCGGGAACUACAACACUCAUGUUAUUCGGUAGGUUUUGGUUUUUUGCGGUGAUUUUUUGAUAUUUAGGUAUUAGUUGGUUAUGAAAAGAUAUUUGUAUAUGUAUUUUGAGUGAGAUAAGGUAUCAAAAGGACUUUGCAGAUUUUAACUGUUAUCAUAGGUGGAUAUUUUGUGAUUUCUGCUAACGUUUUCCCUAAAAAGCUGAUAAAUGACAUUUUUAUGAAUUAGUUAAUAAAAGUUUCCAUUUGUAGCCUAAAUGCAUUGAUCUUCUUGUUGCUAACCCAAGUCUACCUGUUCUACAACUUUGCUCGCUUCCAUUUCGCCCGAUGGAACUCGCGUCCAACUGCGCCCGAACCAGUACCACGCAAAAAGACAUUCAAAAACAAAAAGGAUGACAAAAAGUCGAAAUAG